AUGAGUGGGCUGAGGCGAAAUAGAAGCACAAAGUAUGCUGACGAGUAUCCACCACCAACCAUCCUGCGUCCCAUCUGCAAAGAGACCUUCAAAAGUCACCUGGAAGGUUCGAUCGGUUUCCAGAAUGUACAAGAUUAUCAGUUUCGAGCGAGUUGGAAGUUAGCAUCAGAGGAAGCGGGUAUAAUAAGUCGCUUCGUAACAAGGACUAAGAUUACGGAGCAGGCCAAAGUCACAUCCACUGUCACUGCUCGUAUCACUGUCCAGCUUCGCGACCUUAAAGAAAGAAAUGUGUGUGGCGCACUGCACAGCGUAUAUGAAUGUGACGAAAAGGAUUGA